ACACGUUUAUAAAUAAUAAGAAACUAAUUAAUUAAAAUUAAGGCUAAAUUUUAUAACAUCACUGUGGACAUAUAUCAGACUGGCAAUCAGAAAUCUAUUUGAAUCCCAGCAAUUUGGUUGUCAACUCUUCCAUGGAGAAACCCUAAUUUGAGUAGAAACCGUUGAGUCGUACGAGUAAAUAAACUGCUCGUCAUGUAUCGAUGAUUGAGCUUAAAGACCCUUAUAACAAGCUUUGAAAUUCAACCAACUGAAUUUCAAUUAUUCGCUAUUAUCCUCGUUUGCAACUUUUACCUGCUAUUUCCGUGUGUAAACAUCCUACCAAAGAAAUAACAGAGCACCCAACUUACACAUAUAAAGAAGAGCCUGUGUCGCUUCUCGUCAUUUGACGGCCGGAGCAACAACUUCUCGUUAUGUUGGCAUUGAUUUUCCUACCUGCCUUGGCUAUUGCGUCUCAUCAAAAGUUUCAGAGGCCGAUGCAUUGGCUUCCUUAUCCGUCACCAGAUUAUCUCCGGCACCAGGUGAUUCCGUAUGAAGCCAAUCGGUUUCGUGAUGGCAACAUAUUUACACAGCCGACCCAGCCGUUGCCAGAGCUCGGCGGUGAUCCGCAAGGUCGACUAAAUAACAAAUGGAAGCUGAAAAACGCGCUGGAUGUUGGAUACCUGUUUGGCCAAUUCAAACAAUACCAACAAUACCCACAGUACUACAAUCCUCAUCAGAAGACGGUGACGUUAGUCGUCACAACGACAAUCAACGUAACAACAUCGCAGAGUUGCAUCCCGGCGACGCAGUUUGCCAAUUUUGGCUGGUCCAUGUCAAAUGUUUGCACCCAUUCACCAAGAAAGAAACGAGGAGUCCUCCAGGAGUCGUCAGCAGUUGAAGAUCCAAUUUCCAUCGAACCCUCCGAUCCUGAACAAGUGGUGAUGACAACUCUUCCUGGUGACGUGCAGAUGGAACGGAGGAAUCGCCACCUCCUGUACGAUCCCGACUUAUUCAUUUCUUCCUCUAAAGAUGACGUCAUUGUGAUGGACCAAGAUGAGCCAGGCUUAGAAGAGUAUCCGAAAAGGGAGAAACGAUUGUAUUAUUUAGUGGCGACCACAACAGUUGUGACGUUUCUGGUCAACACCUUCACUACCCUAAAGAAAAUUUCACUUGCAUAUGGAUAUAACCUCGUCUGUCGCCCCAGCGAAAUACCCGUUUGCAUGGAGUAAAAGAAUUCGUCGCUGUUCGGGUGAAGAAAUGUAAAUGUAUUAUUGUUAUAAUUCAGUCUGGAUUUUUAAAAAAGUUUAAGUCGGAAUUCGUUUCAUCAAAAGAUUUGAAUGAGCCAAAAAAUGGCGCGAUUUUUAAACAACUUAUAUUUCCCCCUCAAUUUAAACUUGGGGUCGCACUUGUUAUAUGUAUCUUGUUAUUCGGCACAUAAUAAUUCCACUCAUGCA